AAAUAGAUCGCCAAAGCUCUUGAAUAUCAAAUAAGCAGAAACAGUUCAAAAAACAGUGGUAGCCGGAGAGGAAUCAAAAUGAUCAGAUUUAUGUUAAUAGUCGCUGUCACGGUGGUGGUGUUCGAAGAAAGCAAAGUUGAAGGGCAAGGAUAUUUUCAAAACUAUGAAUUUCCCUGGAAGAAAAGACUCACGACUUUUAAGUCACGUUUGCAUCUACCGCAGUAUCAGUUUGGUUCAAACCACUAUAAUAGAAAUCAAGGCUUCAGGUACAGCCAGCCCAACCUGAAUUUUCCACGCGUUCCUUCAUCAAGACGCCAUUCCUUCACUGGUGGGUUCGGCUAUAGUAAAAGCCAAGGCCUAAAUUGGAAUCUUGGUGUAAAACUGAACUUAGGUAGAAAGCGACGAUAUGCAGAGGACGAAAAUCCACAAAAAUCAGGAAAAAUUCCAACAGUUCCUCCAGUAGACGGUGAAAGGAAAGUUAAGGUUGAGGAGCAAAGUGGUAUUUCCAAUCAAGAAAAACUCAUUCUCAACAACCAAGAAACCUGUGACAAAUGUUUAGAAAUUCAGCCAUUGAAAGUCGACGAUAAAAUUGCAGAAAACAAAACAUUGGAGGAUAAUGACUUUGUCAUGGUUGUCAAGCAUAUCGAUACAAACCUCUCUGUGUUCAAACUGUUGUCGAUCAUGAAGUUUGAAGUUGUUGAUGUCUUGAAAAGUCCCAUUGAAAAAGUCAGUAAGGGCAACCAAUUUACAAUCAGAGCCGAAAUGGCAGACUGUCCCUGCCUUUCUAUCCUUGACCCAGGGUACUAUGUUGUCACAGGCGUCAUUGACGAAAAAGGCAGACUCACUCUUUCAAAUGUUCUUAUGGAGUUUGAGGAGAAUAAAUGAACAUAUAACGUUCUUCUGUUUUCUUUGUAAAGUGCACUAGAACUUAUUUUAGAUUUGAGCCGAUGUCCUUUUUUAUGCAACAUUUAUAGAAGUCAAAUUCUGUUUUUUGUCUCUCCAAGACGAUCAUAGAAAUCUAAUUUAGUUCAAACGGUAAAUGCAACAUAAGAAAAGAUCAAUAAGUUUGUA